AGCUGUAAUCGCCAUCGUUACUUCGCGCAUGUGCGGAAAAAGGAGCCCGUCUAACAACACUGGUCUUUACGUAGGUGCGAAAGAGAGAGAAAAAGUCAUACCUUUUAUUUUUCUUAUUUGAAAGAGAUAAACUCAGAUCAACAGUGCGAUGGAUACACGAAAAAGAAAUAAUAAAUAUGUUGUUGGCCAUCGUAACAAUUAUAAAAGACGUAAACAAUUGGUAUUAGAACCGGGUAUGACGGGAUUCUUGUGCACAUGCAAUUUUCACGAAAGAGGCUGUAUCACUGAUGCCUACAAAUUGCUUAAUCUGUUUGCAGAUGAGAAAUCGGAUACAAAUAAGGAAUCUGAAAUAUCAAGCACAACAAAUACAUUCGAUAAAAAAGAGGCUGAUAAAUCUUCAAAAGAUAUCGAUGAAGAUGAAGAUAUAUCCAUUGCUCUGGAGAAAGAAAUCAAUGAACUUAGAACAGAGCAUGAAAUGCCGUUAUCUUCUCGAAAAUUUCAAGUAGUAGACACAGGUGCUAAAAAUAUGAUUUUUAUAGCAAGUACUUUACCAAAUCCAUUAGAGCUAGUCACCAAAAUUCUUACCAAGUUGGAUGCAACCAAGGAACAGUGUACUAGAUACUUAUUAAGAUUACUUCCAAUAGAAGUUAUAUGCAAAGCGUAUAUGGAUGAUAUAAAAACAAAAGCGAAUGCAUUAUUUGAAAAAUAUUUUGCUCAAGAACCUAAAACAUUCAGUAUUGUGUUUAAUCGUCGUAAUAAUAACAGUAUUAAGAGGGAUGAGAUUAUUCAAGAUUUGGCAGAAAUAAUUCUAAAAAAAAAUCCAGGUAACAAAGCAGACUUGAAGAAUCCAGAGAUAGCCGUGGUUGUUGAAGUUAUACGUGGAAUCUGUUUAUUUUCUAUUGCUCCAAAUUAUUAUAAAUUUAAGAAAUAUAACCUUCUUGAAAUAUGCAAUAGUACAAAAAAUAAGAUAAUUUCCAAUAAAGAAACAGAGAAAGCACAGUUAAUAAAUGAAAAAAGUGAAGGAGAUAUAGAUACAAUUAUAUCAAGUACGCAAGAAGCAGCAGAGUCUACUGACAGAAGCUUGGAAACUUUGGAAAUUGAAGAAAAAAACAAGCAAAUUAAACUUGAUGCUUAAAAUAAACUUGUGAUAUAUGUAUAAAAUAUAUAUAUACAUUUAUAAUCACUAUGUA